AUGGCGCCAAUCAAGCGCAAGGGGAAUGCCCCCGAAGAAACGGCUACCCGUCAGCCGCAAAAGCGCGCCAAGGUCGGAGCUGAAGAUCGCAAGAAUGAGCAGAAGCCCAAGGAUACCACCGCAGCCCCGAAAGCUUCGGAGCUUUCUGUUCUCCGCGACGACGAGCCAUCAUUCCCUCGUGGUGGUGGCAGCGUUCUGACCCCGCUGGAGCGCAAGCAAAUUCAGAUUCAAGCCCACAAGGAUGUUCUAUUCGAACAGAAGGGCCCCAAAAAGCCAACUCGCGAAUUCGACGAUAACGACGACGAUGAGGAAGAGGAUGUCGACAUGGAAGACGCCGAUGCCGCGACAAGCAAGAAGUCGCGCAAGAAGAAGACCAAGGGAAAGAAGUCUGGAGAUAAAGAAAAGAAAUCGGAAGAGAAGGACGGUGUUCGCAUUGAGCCUCUAACCUAUAAGCGCAUUGUUCCCGGUUCCAUGAUUCUCGGUCAAGUCUCAAGCAUCAAUGCCCACGAUAUCGGUCUCUCCCUGCCCAACAACCUUGUCGGUUACGUGCCUCUCACCUCUGUGUCCAAGGGACUUGAAAAUCGGAUUGAGAAGAUGCUCAACGAAGAGGAGGAUGAUGAUGAUGACUCGGAGGAAAUCUCCUUCGAUCUCAAGGACCAUUUCUAUAUCGGUCAAUACCUGCGAGCAUACGUCGUUUCCACAGGUGCUGAAGCCACUGAGGCCGGCGGUCGCAACAAGAAGCACAUCGAAUUGUCGAUUGACCCCAGACAGGCCAACUCCGGACUCUCCAAGUCCGAUUUGGUCAAGGAGACCGCUAUCCAAGCCUCCGUUAUCAGUGUUGAAGACCAUGGUUUGGUGAUGGACCUCGGCAUUGAGGGCUCAGACGUACGUGGUUUCAUGUCCUCCAAGGAGAUUGACUCCCACGUUACAUACUCCAACAUCAAGGAGGGCUCAGUAUUCCUGUGUCUUGUCACCGGCCAAAAUGCCAGUGGUAAUGUCAUCAAGCUUUCAGCCAACCUUGAACACUCUCUUAAGAAGUCACACUUCCUCGCCGCCGCUCCUACCAUCAAUUCUUAUCUCCCCGGUGUUGCUGCAGAGAUUCUCCUGACCGAGGUUACUGCCAAUGGCAUGAUGGGAAAGAUCAUGGGCAUGCUUGAUACCACCGUCGACCUAGUCCAAUCUGGUGUGAUUGAUGGAAAACUCGACUUGGAGCGCAAAUUCAAGAUCGGCGCCAAGAUCAAGGGUCGCAUUGUCUCAACUUUCCCCUCCGCCGAACCUUUCAAGAUUGGCUUCUCCUUGCUGGACCACGUUCUUAAGCUCUCUACUGAUACGCACGGCCCUGGCUCUUCUGAGGAUGCCCCUGCCAUUUCUGCCAUUAUUCCAGAGACCACGGUAGUGAAGGUUGACCCUGGUAUGGGUAUCUACGUCGAGAUGGGCGAGACCAAGAAAAUUGGUUUCGUGCAUAUCUCAAGGCUGUCAGAUGGCAAGGUUGAGUCCAUCUCAGAUGAUUCUGGUCCCUUCAAGGUCGGAUCUACCCACGAAGCCCGCAUUGUCGGAUACAACAAGAUCGAUAAUCUCUAUCUCCUCUCCUACGAGCAAUCUGUGAUCGAGCAGCCCUUUAUCCGCCUUGAGGAUGUCACGGUCGGUGCCAUCGUCAAGGGCAAGGUCGAGAAGCUCCUGGUUGGAGCUACCGGUAUGGAUGGCUUGAUUGUUAGCCUGGCAGAUGGCAUCACCGGUCUUGUUCCAUCUAUGCACUUUGCCGAUUCCAAGCUCCAGUUCCCCGAGAAGAAGUUCCGCGAGGGACUGAAGAUUUCCGCCCGGAUCCUGUCCGUCAACCUGGAGAAGCGUCAGAUCCGUUUGACCCUGAAGAAGAGCUUGCUGAACAGCGAGUCCGCAGUCUGGAAAGACUACAAGGGUAUUUUGGGAGGUGCCCAGUCUCCUGGAACUAUCGUCAGUCUGCAGAGCCACGGCGCUGUUGUUCAGUUCUACGGCGAUGUUCGCGGUUUCCUUCCCGUGUCUGAGAUGAGUGAGGCUUAUAUCAAGGACCCGGCCCAGCAUUUCCGCCUCGGACAGGUCGUCAAUGUCCACGCUUUGAGCGUCGACGCUUCCCAGGGCAGACUUGCUGUUUCCUGCAAGGAUCCCUCGACAUUCACUGAGAAGUAUCGCAAGGCUUUCGAGGACAUCCACCCUGGGCUGCUUGUCAGCGGAACUGUCUUCGAGAAGUCUAACGAUGACCUUCUUCUCAAGCUGGACGAGUCCGGCCUGGUGGCCCGUCUCGAUGUCCAGCACAUCAUUGAUGGAUCCUCAUCCAAGCAAAACUCCACUCUCAGCAAAAUCCGUGUCGGCCAAAAGCUGAACGACCUCUUGGUUCUCGACAUCCAACGUGCGCAUCGUCUCAUCCGAGUUUCUAGCCGUGUCACUCUGAAGAAGGCUGUGAAGCAGAAAAUUAUUCCCACUAAGUUUGAGGAUGUGCAAGAGGGCAGCGCUGUUACUGGUUUCAUCCGUAACAUCACCCCCGAUGGUUUGUUCGUUGAGUUCCUCGGUGGCCUCACUGGUCUCCUUCCCAAGCGUCUUAUCGAAGAGGCAAACCUGUCUCAGCCUCAGUUCGGCGUGUCCAAGGGACAGGUCAUUUCAGUCACAGUCAACUCGGUUGAUAUGGACUUGCAGCGCUUCAUCCUGAGCCAGAAGGACUCCGAGGCCACCGGUCCCAAGGAGAAGAAGGAGAAGACUCUUAACCAGACCGAUUAUCCCGUUGCCAACGCCAUCGAUGAGAAUAUCAAGUCCAUGUCUGACUUCACAUUCGGUCGCGUUGUCCAGUGCAAGGUCGUUUCUAUCAAGUCCACCCAAGUCAAUGUGCAGCUGGCGGAUAACAUCCAAGGACGAAUUGAUGUGUCUGAGAUCUUCGAUAAGUGGGAAGACGUCAAGGACCGAAAGCAGCCCCUGCGGUUCUUCAAGGCCAAACAGGUCAUCUCUGCUAGAAUCCUUGGUAUCCACGAUGCCCGCAGCCACAAGUUCUUGCCCAUUUCCCACCGCAGCGGCAAGUACCCCGUGUACGAGCUGUCUCUGAAGCCUAGCUUCCUCAAGGCUGCAAACCCCGCCCCAUUGAACCUCGAGCAGGUCCAGAUUGGAUCAUCUUGGAUGGGUUUCGUCAACAACAUUGCCGACGACUGCAUCUGGGUCAACCUCUCUCCCAGCGUGCGCGGUCGUCUGCGCUUCAUGGAUGCUUCGGAUGAUCUGUCUCUUCUUACCGACGUGGAGAAGAACUUCCCCAUUGGAUCUGCCUUGAAGGUCCAGGUCACUGCGGUCAAUGCCGACAAGGGUCACCUGGAUCUGUCUGCCAAGCAGGGCUUCGAUAAGCUCUCGUUCGGCGAUGUCGCUCCUGGCAUGAUCCUUCCCGGCCGUGUCACCAAGAUCACCGAAAAGCAGAUCAUCAUGCAGCUCGGCGAGGCCCUCGUUGCAGCAGUCAACCUUAUCGACAUGGCUGAUGACUACUCAAAGGCCAACCCAACUCUGUACCGCAAGAACGAGGUUCUCCGUGCCUACGUUGUCGCUGUUGAUAAGGCUAACAAGAAGAUCCACCUGUCUCUCCGGCCCUCUAAGGUUCUGAGUUCCUCGCUGCCUGUGCAGGACCGUGAGAUCACUUCCCUCAAGGAUCUCAAGCCCAACGAUGUCGUCCGCGGUUUCGUCAAGCGCGUUGCCGACGCUGGCCUAUUCGUGUCUGUCGGCCACGAUGUGACUGCAUACGUCCGUGUUUCCGACCUGUCCGACUCAUAUCUCAAGGAGUGGAAGGAUUCUUUCCAGCAGGACCAGCUCGUCAAGGGCCGAGUCACCAUGGUUGAUGCGGCUCAAAACAAGCUGCAGAUCAGUCUGAAGGACUCCAUCCUUGACCCCAACUACAAGGCCCCCGUCAAGCUGCAGGACCUUAAGGUUGGUGAGAUUGUGACUGGUAAGAUCCGUAAGGUUGAGGAGUUUGGUGCCUUCAUUGUCAUUGACAAGUCUGCCAACGUCAGCGGUCUCUGCCACCGCAGCGAGAUGGCCGAUAAGCGCAUCGAGGAUGCUCGCAAACUUUACGACGAGGGCGAUGCUGUCAAGGCCAAGAUCAUCAAGAUCGAUCAAGCCUCAAAGAAGAUCUCCUUCUCUCUCAAGGCUUCUCACUUCCAGGAUGAGCAAGAUGAGAGCGAGGAUGAGGAGCUCAGCGAGGGCAUUGGUGGUGUUGAGCUGGAGGGUGACAGUGACGAGGAUGAUGUCUCUAUGGGAGGCGUCGAUGUUGAGGAAGGUAGCGACGAGGAGGAGGACGAGGAGGAAGAAGAGGACAGUGAUGACGAGGAUGAGUCCACCAAGCCUUCCAAGGUUGGCGGUCUUGGUGCCGGUGGCUUCGACUGGAGUGGCAAUGUCCAGGCCAAGGAUGCGGCCGCCGACGUGGACAGUGAUGACGAGGGCUCCAAGAAGAAAAAGAAGAAGAGCCGCAAGCCCGAGAUUCAGGUUGACCGCACUGGCGAGCUUGAUGCUAACGGACCUCAAACCGUCGCCGACUACGAGCGUCUUCUCAUGGGUGAGCCCGACUCUUCGCUGCUGUGGCUGCAAUACAUGGCGUUCCAACUGGAGCUGGGCGAAGUCGAAAAGGCCCGCACUGUGGCUGAGCGUGCUCUGCGCACCAUUUCCAUGAACCAGGACUCUGAGAAGCUGAACAUUUGGAUCGCCUUGCUGAACUUGGAGAACACCUACGGCAACGACGAUACUCUUGAGGAAGUGUUCAACCGUGCGUGCCAGUACCAGGAACCGCAAGUCAUUUACGACAAGAUGGCCAGCAUUUAUAUCAGCUCCGGCAAGAACGAGAAAGCGGAUGACCUUUUCCGAACUGCUAUGAAGAAGAAGAUCUCGAACCAAUCCCCAUCCUUCUUCCUGAACUACGCCAGCUUCCUGUUUGACACUCUGGCCAACGCCGAUCGUGGUCGCGGACUACUUUCGCGUGCGCUGCAGUCCCUCCCGACGCACACACACAUCGAGACCACCUCCAAGUUUGGACAACUGGAAUUCCGGUCGGCCAAUGGUGACAUUGAGCGGGGUCGCACAGUCUUUGAGGGACUUCUCUCUUCAUUCCCCAAGCGCAUGGACCUGUGGAACGUCCUGCUGGAUUUGGAGAUCAAGAACGGCGAUGCGGACCAAGUGCGCCGUCUGUUCGAGCGUGUGCUCGGCCUUUCGCACAAAAAGGGAUCUGUCAGCGUAGACGCUAGCAAGAAGCUGAAGCCCAAGCAGGCGAAGUUCCUGUUUAAGAAGUGGCUCGCUUUUGAGGAGAAGCUUGUCGCGGAGGGCGGGGACGAGAAGAUGGUGGAGGAGACCAAGGCGCGGGCAGCGGCCUAUGUCAAGUCUCUGCAGGAGGAGUAG